AUGUACUUCUUUCAAACAGGUCUCAAAAUUGUCCCAACUUGUAAAUCUUCGAGAUAACAUAAUAUCAUUGAAGAUUCGUCCUAUAUCAUGCAUCAUCACGAUGGCAUCGUCUUCGUUACUUGAAGAAUGAACGUUACUAGACAUGGUGUGGCUGAACUCAAUUCAAAUCUAAAAAUGUCUUGAUUUGACCGCUUCUGAAAAUUUUCACGAAUUGUCGAUGUGACGCACCAAUCAUUUUGCAACGGUUUGACCUUCAAGUGCUCGCAACCCCCAUCAGUGGACGAUACCCUAGGAGCGUUGCCGUCCUAUACUAAGCAUUUCUUGCAAGCAAAAUUGUUUUUUAUGUAGACUAUGGAUGAUAAUAAUGAUGAUGCUCCAUUAGAAACGUCAUUUAAGGAAUUUAAGAAAAAGAAAAUAUAUCUAACAGAAAACCUUAAAAGUGCUUAUCAAGACGGUAUUCAAUCGUUGAAACGUAAACAAAAUCGCAAAAGUGACCCUAGAUUUGACCCUAGAGUUGAUGGUAUUUGUCACGUUGAUGAUUGGGAAUUUUUAGAAGAUGAAAGAGCGAAAACCUUAAAAAAACUAAAAAAGAUGCUGCGUCAGAAUUUAGACCCGAACAAACGUAAGGAAGUGACGGAUGCGUUACAUUUGGUAAGACAGCGAAUAGCCACAGCAAAAGAUAGAAAAUUCCGUAAGCAAUUCAUGGAUAAACUGCAGAAGGAACAAAUUGAAAACUUGGAAUCAGGGAGAUCUGUUCGUUUUAUUCCUCGAGCGGAACUCCGUAAACUCGUUCAAAAUGAACGUCUGGCACAAAUGAGCAAACGGCAAAAAGAGCGGUAUUUGAGUAGGAAAAAAAGAAGAUUUACUUCGGAUGAUAGAUAAAUUUAUUUAUAUAUUCUGCAUAUAGUUUUCCUAAAUGAUACAUUCGAAUCGCCCACUGUAAAUUACUGUACAUUUGUAAAAAUUAUUAUCUCAUCCCAACAAUGUUGUAUUCUUUGUCCUCUAUCAGUAUCUGUUUAUAUAUAUAUAUAUAUAUAUAUAU